AUGGGUAAAGGAAAGCCUAGAGGUCUCAACGCCGCCCGCAAGCUCGAGGCUCACCGCAAGGAUCAGCGCUGGGCUGAUCUCGGCUUCAAGAAGCGCCUUCUCGGAACCGCCUACAAGUCCUCUCCCUUCGGUGGUGCUUCCCACGCCAAGGGUAUCGUCCUUGAGAAGGUCGGUGUUGAGGCCAAGCAGCCCAACUCCGCUAUUCGCAAGUGUGUCAAGGUCCAGCUGAUCAAGAACGGCAAGAAGGUCGCUGCUUUCGUUCCCAAUGACGGUUGCUUGAACUUCAUCGAUGAGAACGACGAGGUCCUCCUUGCCGGUUUCGGUCGCAAGGGUAAGGCAAAGGGUGAUAUUCCCGGUGUCCGUUUCAAGGUCGUUAAGGUCUCCGGUGUCGGUCUGCUCGCUCUCUGGAAGGAGAAGAAGGAGAAGCCCCGCUCUUAA